AUGACAAAUGCCGGGCCACCGCGGAGAUCCAGCACGAUGCGGCCCAUGAUACCCAGCACGUCGCCAGAUCGUCCUGUCAACUCGCGGCUGACCUCGAUGUGCCCGCCACAAAACAUUGGCCGCGCUCUCCUGCCCACUCCCGCACGUCUGCAUCAACUGGCCCGUUAUCCCCCGUUCCUCGGCCGGCUCCUUGAUUUCAUGACGCUUAAACACGCCGUGGGCGAAAUGCCUCACUCAAAGGGACAUUCGGGCGGUGGCCAGUUUGCGAAGGGAUGCUUCCAGCACUUGAAAGGCCAGCAGAUUGCGUAUUCGGACAUUCUAUUUGCCUCGCUGGCCACCUUCGACCACGCAGGGAAGAGACUAUGCUGUGUUUGCAUCCAUCUUUACCUCAUCCGGUCGCUGGCAAUUGUGUACGGCGCCGCCAUCACGUCCGCCAUCUGGCCAACCACGCUCAGCAUCCGGCUCCCGGAUGCUUUGGGCGGGAUAUCAGACAGAUGGAGAGUGCUCACGCCAGGGCGAACUGCAGGUCAUCGACGAAAUCGGACACUCGAAGCCGGCGACCCGGAGGCUUCCUCCGGACGUGCAGCUCCGGGCGCGCUCGUCUGGUACGACGGCCUGCGGUAUUCGGUCGCGGCUUCGACGGCCGUCGCUGCUGCGGCCAUGUGCGCCGCCCUCCUCGCCAACGCCACCAGGCUUUGGAGCAGGAAAUAA